GCCAGCAGGUGGCAGCAGAGGCCUCCCUUAGUGAUGACGCUACGGUGCAACCUUUUAUUCCUUCCCCCCACGUGGAAGCCAAGUGGGACCGGAAGUGGAUCGGAAGGAAAUUAGAAGGAGCCGAGGCCUGCUUUGAGGCCAAAGAGGGAAGCGGACAUGAAGGCCACGGACGUGGAGCGGCUCUUGAUCCAAUUCAAAGAUGAAGCUGACCAGGUUCUGGGCUCGCCCUUCGAUGUCCCCAUCGACAUCACGCCUGAGAAGCUGCAGCUGGUCUGCAAUGCUCUCCUGGAGCAGGAAGAGCCGCUGCCCUUGGCCUUCUUUGUCGGUGACUCCGAAAUCGUUGCCUCCUUGGAGAAGACGUUGUCUGGCCAGGCUUUGGAGACGGAGCGGGUACUGGACAUUGUUUACCAGCCUCAAGCCGUGUUCCGGGUCCGGGCUGUCACGCGGUGUACCAGCUCCUUGGAGGGACACAGCGAGGCCGUCAUCGCCGUUGCCUUCAGUCCCACCGGGAAAUACCUUGCCAGCGGCUCCGGCGACACGACUGUCCGCUUCUGGGACCUCACCACUGAGACGCCGCACUUCACAGCUAAAGGCCACCGUCAUUGGGUUUUGAGUAUCUCUUGGUCUCCCGAUGGAAGGAAGCUGGCAUCCGGUUGCAAGAAUGGCCAGAUCUUCCUCUGGGAUCCGAAGACGGGGAACCAGCUUGGCCGGGCUCUGGUGGGACACUCCAAGUGGAUCACGUCGCUCUGCUGGGAGCCUUUGCACCUGAACCCCGAGUGCCGCUUCCUGGCCAGCGCCUCCAAGGACGGCAGCGUCCGCAUCUGGGACACGACGGCCGGGCGCUGUGACAGGAUCCUCACGGGCCACACGCAGUCCGUGACGGGCGUCAAGUGGGGCGGAGAUGGGCUCCUCUACUCCUCUUCCCAGGACAGGACCAUCAAGGCUUGGAGAGCGCAAGAUGGCAUCCUGUGCCGCACGCUGCAGGGCCAUGCCCACUGGGUGAACGCCAUGGCGCUCAGCACCGACUACGUUCUCCGGACGGGGGCUUUUGAGCCGGCCGAGGCCUCCAUCAAUCCCCAGGACGUGAGCGGAUCCCUGGCAGAAAUCAAGGAGAAGGCAUUGCGGAGAUACAAUCAAGUUCGGGGACAAGGGCCCGAGCGACUUGUUUCCGGCUCGGACGACUUCACGCUGUUCCUCUGGGCACCCGCCGAGGACAAGAAGCCGCUGGAGAGAAUGACGGGGCACCAAGCACUCGUCAACCAGGUUGUCUUUUCGCCCGACACCCGCCUCGUCGCCAGCGCCUCUUUUGACAAGUCUGUCAAGCUGUGGGACGGAAAGACCGGGAAAUACCUGGCUGCCCUGCGAGGUCACGUCUCCGCCGUCUACCAAAUCGCAUGGUCCGCUGACAGCCGCUUGCUGGUCAGCGGGAGCAGCGACAGCACCCUCAAAGUGUGGGACACCAAGGCGCGGAAGCUGGCCGUCGAUUUGCCGGGACACGCGGACGAGAUUUACGCGGUGGAUUGGAGUCCCGACGGCCAACGGGUUGCAAGCGGAGGGAAGGAUAAAUGUCUUCGAAUAUGGCGGCGAUAGCGGUGUGGACUGGAGUUGUUCCGCUCUGCAAUUCAGUCCGAAUGCUGCCUUGUUGUCCCGGAAUUUACGGCUCGAAAAACGGGGAUUAUCCUCUCGUUUUUCUUCAGUGUGAACCGUGAUAACAACUGCUUUUGAUCCUGAAGGCAUCGCUGUCGAGCGCAAAGAAAAUCGCUGGGAUUUUUGCAUCAAAAGAAUGGACUUUCCUUUCAAUAGUCCUGUAAAAAGUUUAGAUCUAUCCUGGACGAACCCCCAAAAGGCGGCGGGUCUGCUUCAUCAAAUCCCGUUGGGGGCCAAACGCGCAAUGCACACUGACAACUCCCAUCAUUCCUGGCACGCUUAGUGCAAUGGGAACAUAUGGGAAUUGUAAUCCUGAUAUAUACAUAUACACACAUGUAUGUAUGCAUCUAUUGGGGCGGCCUACAGUUCUCCAUCCUUGUUGGUUGUAUUGUUUUUUUCACACUAAAUUGGACUUUGACUUCC